UGUCAAUAUUACGCGCUUAACGUCACCACUGCGACCGUUUGUCUCCUAAAAACAAAACAUGUCGACUGCCAUGAAUUUCGGGUCGAAGAGUUUUAAACCUCGACCUCCUGACAAAGGGUCGUUUCCGUUAGACCACUUUGGAGAGUGUAAACCCUUCAAGGAGACUUUUAUGAAAUGUUUGCGGGAGAGCAGCUUCGACAGUUCCAAGUGUCGACUUCAGUCCAAAGCCUACCUUGAGUGCCGCAUGGAACACCAGCUAAUGACAAAGGAACCACUACAAAAACUGGGAUACAAAGACCUGACUGAUCCUCCUCCCGGCCAAGCCAAUACAGAUUGACAUGCUGCAAUUCUUCUUCGUUAUUCUACAAUGUAAGGACACUGUUUAGCCGAUUAAAAGACUUUAUUGAAAGGUGGUAGUGUACAUAAGUAAAAGUCAGAGUCAGUUAUGGAUGCUACCCAAUUUCCUUUGAAAUUUUUGUGAUUAAGGGCUAUAUAAAAAACUGUGACUGGACUUGACCCGCGCUUUUGUUAUAAUGUCAGUAAUACCUGUCGUCCCAUGCGCCUGUGUUUGUUUCUGAGUGUUCUGAGUAGCACAGUGUAUGUGCUGACAUUUUUUUUUGCGUGUAAACAUGAUUUUCUCCUUUAUCAGAGGACUUCACUGACUUCAUACUUGAUAUUUUGAACAACUAUGGUCAUUUAUAAUAGGUCUCAUUUUUGUUUCUUUAACAAAAAUGCCAAAUAAAAAAUAAAAUUCAUGCACCAUUAUUUAUAAGAAAUGAAACUUGUGGACAGCUUUAGAACAAUUCACAUAAUAGGAUGAAAAUGCUAAACCAAUGUGCACAGCAAAUUCAGUCUUAGGGAAAAUGUGACUUGAAUAUACAGUGCUGGACAAAAGUAUAGGCACCCCUGAAAUUCUGUCACAUAAUGCUGCAUUUCUCCCAGAAAAUGAUUGCAAUUACAAAUGCUUUAGUAGUAAUAUCUUCAUUUAUUUUGCUUGCAAUGAAAAAAAUAAGAGAAUGAGGGGAAAAAAUGAAAUCAUUCUCAUUUUACACAAAACUCCAAAAAUGGGCCGGACAAAAGUACUGGCACCCUCAGCCUAAUACUUGGUAGCACAACCUUUAUACAAAAUAACUGCGAACAACCGAUUUUGCUAUCCAACAAUGAGUUUCUUACAAUGCUCUGCUGGAAUUUUAGACCAUUCUUCUUUGGCAAACUGCUCCAGGUCUCUGAGAUUUGAAGGGUGCCAUUUUCAGAUCUCUCCACGGGUGUUCUAUGGGAUUCAGGUCGGGCCACUUCAGAAGUCUCCAGUGCUUUCUGUCAAACCAUUUUCUAGUGCUUUUUUGAAUUGUGUUUUGGUCAUUGUCCUGCUGGAAGACCCAUGACCUUUGAGGGAGACCCAGCUUUCUCACAUUGGGGUCUACGUUAUGCUGCAAAAUUUCUUGGUAGUCUUCAGACUUCAUAGUGCCAUGCUCACGGUCAAGCAGUCCAGUGCCAGAGGGAGCAAGGCAACCCCAAAACAUCAGGGAACCUUGGCCAUGUUUGACUGUGGAGACCGUGUUCUUUCUUUGAUGGCCUCGUUUUUUUCCUGUAAACUCUAUGUUGAUGCAUUUUCCCAAAAAGCUCUACUUUUGUCACAUCUGACCAGAGAACAUUCCUUCAAAACGUUUUUGGCUUUCUCAGGUAAGUUUGGCAAACUCAAACCUGGCUUUUGUAUGUCUCUGGGUAAGAAGUGGGGUCUUCCUACCAUUGAGUCCCUUUUCAUUCAGACGCCGACGGUUAGUACGGAUUGACACUGUUGUACCCUCGAACUGUGGGAUAGCUUGAACUUGUUUGGAUGUUAGUCGAGGUUCUUUAUCGACCAUCCGCACAAUCUUUCGUUGAAAUCUCUCUUCAAUUUUUCUUUUCCGUCCAUAUCUAGGGAGGUUAGCCACAGUGCCGUGGGCUUUACACUUAUUAAUGACACUGGGCACGGUAGACACAGGAACAUUGAGGUCUUUGGAGAUGGACUUGUAGCCUUGGGAUUGCCCAUGCUUCCUCACCGUUUUGCUUCUCAAGUCCUCAGACAGUUCUUUGGGCUUCUUUCUUUUCUCCAUGCUCAAUGUGAUACACAGGACACAGGUUGAGUCAACUUGAAUCCAUUUUAACUGGCUGCAAGUGUGAUUUAGUUGUUGAUUUACCACCAGGUGUUAUGUGCCACAGGUAAGUAACAGGUGCUGUUAAUUACACAAUUUAGACAAACAUCACAGGAUUUUGCAAAGGGUGCCAAUACUUUUGUCCGGCCCAUUUUUGGAGUUUUGUGUAAAAUGAUAAUGAUUUUUUUUUUUUUUCCAUUCUCUUUUGUGUUU